AUGGAGAAGCCCGCGGUAGCCUACUUGGGACCUGCGGCGAGCUAUACCAACCAAGUAAGUGAGGCGCCUUUCCUCGUCACUGGCACAGGACACGCGAAGGGAUAUGAAUGGCAUUGGUGCAAGCAUGAUCGGUUGCAAUUCAAAGAGGUAUCGUUGAAGAGAAUCUUGAAGAGAGAAUAGAAAGAGAAUUGAACCCCAUUCUUAUCCCGAUGUUCGCAGACAUACUUGUUUCCAAGAGAUUGAUGCUGAUGAGAGGUUUACCUUCUAGGCUGCCAUCUCUGUGUUCCCGGCGGAAGAGUAUGAAUUGGAUCCUCAAGCCACCAUACAUGAUGUUUUCCGCGCUGUGCAGAGCGGAGAAGCGACGCAUGGCGUGGUACCAUUUGAGAAUUCAACGAAUGGAUCCGUGAUCUUCACACUGGAUCUACUGGCAGAUCGACAUGGCCAGUUCCGGGACGUACAAGUCGAAGGGGAAAUCUAUCUCGAAGUCGAACACUGUCUUGUCGGACAUAUCCAUCGACCCGGCAGUUCGGAGCGCGAAGAGAAAGAACGCCGCAUGAGCGAGCCGUGGCGAAAACUCGAGGACAAGGAAAAGGAGGCCACCACCACCACCGCCCAGCAAGACGGAGGCAACGCAAACGGCACCAACAGCAGCAACAAACCCCUCUACCCUCUCGACCACAUCACCUCCCUCCACUCCCACCCGCAAGCCUGGGCCCAAUGCACCACCUUCCUCCAGACCCACCUCCCCACCCUCCCCCAAAAAGACACCGCCUCCACCUCCGCCGCCGCCCUUGCCGUCUCCAAAGACCAAACCAAAACCUCCGCAGCCAUAUCGUCCCGCCUCUCCGCAAAACUGUACAACCUCACCAUCCUCGCCCCUUCCAUCCAAGACCUCAAAGGCAACAGCACCCGCUUCCUCAUCCUCCGCUCCACGAAAUCCCCCACCCCGCCUCUCUCCCAACCCCCCGCCAACAGCCUGGAAGCAAUCGAACUGCAAUCCUACAAAUCUCUGAUCUGCCUCAAAGUUCCUCACGAUCAACCGGGCGCUCUGGCUGCUUGCUUGGCGGUCUUCGCGAAUCACGGCAUCAAUCUGACCAAUUUCCAAUCUCGUCCUUCGGGGCUGGGAGUCUGGCAGUACAUCUUCUUCAUCGAAUUCCGGGGACGGCCGAGAGGGAAGGGAGAAGGCGCUGUGAAUGCUGCCUUACAAGAGCUCGAUAGCCAAGCCUCGAGCUGGAAAUUCUUGGGGUCUUGGAAGGAUGUGUUGAGGAAGGAAGUGAAGACUUGA